ACACGCGCGGCGGGUGGAGCGAGCGGAACGGACACACCGAGAGUAAGAGAAAGGAGAAGAAGGAGAAGGACGGGGAAAAAAAAGGAGUGAUCGUAGUAACACCGGCGCGUCUCCUCUCGCGGCUUCGUGGUUGUCUCGGAAUUAGUGAGUAGACAGAAUUAUGUCUGUGAGCAGGCCAGCUCGGCUCAGUUGAGACUUACUGCUCAGCCGGUGCACACGCGUGCCACGAAUCUUUCCUACUUACAUAUAUCGCGCCUUCCCGAUGCGAUUAGACUAGUUCGCGAUCGUCGCCGGAUUACGGUCCAGCUUGUUAACACUUGUUCGUGCAUCGGGGACAUCCCUGUUUUCCGUGAACGUUGCCAGUCCCGUUCUGGCUCGACCGCUGGAGGAUACGAGCACGCGGUUUUCGUGCGAUCAGCUGGACACUCCGAUCAGCUCUCGUCGAGUUGUUCAUUCUUAAUUAGAGUUUCGAUCGUCAACUGUUUACAGUGAAUCCGAUUAUUACCCCGGGUGAUCCCUCGAUGUAAAUAAUAAUGGGGAACACGGUUUAUCGAUAACAGUGCCUAUCGCUUAGCGAGCAAGUGGUACCCCGUUUGUUAUCGCCGAAGAAUACGACGGACCCACGAAUCUCGAUCUACCUCGGUAGUGCGGUUCACGUAAACGGAAUUGAAUCGAGUCUGUAACAAGAACUCUCAGUUAACGAGUCACAAUGGGACUCGCCAGGUUAUUCGUGCUGCUCUUGGCAACCUCGGCUAUAAACAGUGUUUGGUGCCAUCAUCACCAUCACGGUGUCCACCCGGACAGCAAGAAGAAGAGGGAUCAAGUGGAACUUGUUAGAAGAUACGGGUCCAGGGAGGAAGCGAACGCGGUUUCCUCGGUUGAAGAUAAGAACAGACGGAGCUUGAACAUCAACGAAGUUAAGGAGAAAAUUCCUUACAGCGACAGAAGGUUGGAAAAAAUGCUGGAGAAAGCCAUCCUGAAGAUAAUCACCGGCGAGCUUAGCACGGGUGACAUGCUGUUGUUGAAGAGCCUCAACUACAGUCUGGAGGAGGUUCUAGCGAUUCGCGAAAGAGAACUCAACAAGAAGAAGGAGGAAGAGCUGUCGAAGAAGAAGGAAAGCAUGAAAUCUUGGACCAAAGCGCUGUAUGGACAAACUGUAGGAAAGAAAGGUAGAUACUGGGAUCCGAAUUUUGUAGAUCAUUCCUCCACGGUUACGAGGAAUCCCGAUUACGAGAACACGAGGAACGAAGGUAAAAAGAAUCGCCACGCGGACAAGUCUUCCUACAACGAUUUCGACUUCGAUGCGUACAAUCGGCAGGCGGUUCUCGAUUACGAGAACUUGCCCUCGAAUCUGGAGUUCCAACAGCCGUGGUCUGAACCGACGGUUCUGAAUUUGGACGAAAACAUUAAAGCGUCGAGCGAAGAGGACAAUAUUCAUCGGGAGUUCGAGAAGGCGAUGGCACCUCACGUGAUCUUCAAGAUUCGCUACGAUGAUUCCGAGUUCGAUUCCAGCUCCGGUUCCGACGAAACCAGCAAAAAUCGCUCCAAAACACCUAAAUACCGAGCUUCUACGACCUUGAAGACGACGACGAAAAAUGCUGGUAACUCCUUUCAUGUUGUACCACCGCCAACGUUAUCCACUGCUUUUCCUGCUUCUGUGCCACUACCUGUGGUGUCUCGGCUAGGCAGCUCGAAUAACGUACAGACAAGCUACCCCAGAAAUGUUAUCCAUCCCAACGUCGCAGUGUCUUCGACAACGACUACCGCCAGCACAACGGAAAAGUCGAUACCCGAGCAAGUCUCAAAUGGCGAGGAAAAACCGAACCUUAUCGUUCGCGUUAGCAGUCCGAAUGAGAAGACUGCCGUCCCGGAAACUAACGAAAUGUCUCAUGAAAAUAAAAAGAUUAGUCCGUACGAAGGGCUCGAGUGGGUCGAGGACGACGUCUACAGGGUGAUCCCUGGAUUAGUAGAUUCCCUUAGCUAUGAAAAUUCGGAAGAUAACGAAACGUCUGACUACGAGGACUUUAGACACAAUACCCGGCAGACCUGGAAUACGGAGGAGAAUGAAAACGACACGCUGGAGUACCAAAACGAGACACCUGACCCUGUCAAGCUCUUCGUGGCCAACGGCAACGCGACGACGGGUCAUCUUCCCGUGGCUAAUUUGUCCGCCUAUCAGGAAGUGGCCAGAGCUCAUCGACGAGAAGGAAACCUAACCUCAAGCUUCGACAGCCAGGGUGAAAAGGCCAUCGAAGACAUUAAGACGCGCGUCUUGGCUCUGACUGGAAGGUUUAACAACAGCAGUAAUGCCAAUCAGGUUCAACGCGAGAGGCUAACCAUGUUCUCGCCCAGCUGUCAAAUACCGCGGAACACGGAUCAAGAAACCUGGGCAGAUCCGUUCUCCAUGAACAUGCACUUCCAGCUGAAUCUAACUUCCAGUGACCACGUGGUUGCUGCCAAGUUGAGAAUUUACAGAUUACCGCAGGAGAAUUUAACCUCCACGACGGGAUCUUCGUUCGAUGAGGACGAAGAAGACGAAAAGAAGAUCCGGAUAUCGAUCUAUUACUACACGAAAUCCCUAAAAAAACAUCGAUCGAAAAAACGCUUGUUGGACUCGGUGGUGACACCCCUCACUCCAGAAGGAACUCAUCUGGCGUUGGACGUCAUACAGGGUCUCCGACUCUGGCGACUGAACCCGCGAAAUCCUCAUGGAAACGGCAAUAAUCACGGUCUUGUGAUUCAGGUGGAGGACCAAGAUAACCGGACACUGAAACCGGCCCUUUACAUCCAACAACCAUCCUGCGGGGACCAAGACACGGAUCAGAAGGCAUACCAGCGCGUACCUGCACUUUUCAUUCGAGCCUGUACUCGUUAUGUUCGCAUCGUAAACGGCGAAACAGUGACGUACGUAAAUUGUAGGCAUUAAAACGAACGAAAAAAACAGUCAGACAGCAAUGAAAAAGGGACAAUCGUUAACAGCGCAAUUUAUUCUCGGAGGACGAACAAAAGAAACGAGAAUCAAUGCCACGAGGAAUAUUACAUUUUUCGACCGAACCACAAGUUCCGCUUGAAUACAUAAAAGAGCCUGAAUCCUACCCUAAAUAAUUUAGGUAUCUUCGAUACAUGCUGCGAUAGUUCGAUUAUAGUGAUUUCUAUUAUUGGUCAAAAAAGUAAAGGAGCAGGCUUUUCAAAACCGUUCUCGAACAAUUAAGUCUAUCGAUUCUGUUGGCAUAAUCAGAAGAAUUGUUCCCUUUUUUACAUAAAAAAAAGAAAA